GCUGAGCCUAUUAAUGCUCACGGAUCUAUACAUACAUGAACAUGAACCCUACUUUAAUUUUCCUUUGUCGAGAAACUAGAAUGCUUUGUGAUCGAUGUUAAGUUGCAACUGGUUACGACAUUCAAUUGGUGCCAAAAGGACGAGUGGCUCGGCCAGGAACGAGACGACGAGUCUUUGUCUCCAUUUAAAUUUGAAAAACCUUCAUCCCAAAUAAAUGCAAGUCAAUCCCCUCAACUAUAAGAUCAUCCGCAAUACAGUUCCUUCGUGAAAUAGCUGUUAUAUCGGUUACGAAAUUAAAAACACAGCAUUUUGUGUGAGCAAAAAUUAUGUUGUUUCGGAUUUGUAAUAAUGCACGUGUGAUUUAAAAGAAAAAAACCCCCAAAAAUCAUUGAGUCGAUGAAUUAGAGAAAUUUUUAGGGUUUCGCGGCGAGGCGACAUCGAAGAAGAUUUGCAGCAAUUCUGGUAAAAUAUAGGGAGGACUUUCAGUUACAGUUGGCGCAGCUCUUCAUCAAGAUCAAGUGUGAGCUUCAGAGGUCGAAGUGAAGGACGAUUCGGGAUUCCCCGAAAGUGUUUGUGUGGUAGUGAUGUUGUGCUUUCCACCGCCCACGCUGGAACAGACCCUGGGAGAAGACUACUGUUGCAACAGCAACAUCACAUUGGAUGGCCGCCACCACAUUAGGAAGUGGUGGGGUAAAGCAAUGAUGGAUAAAGUCAAUGAAGUUAUUGAGAAUAUGGAUGCACUGUCAAAUAGAAUUCAAGUUGAAAGUGAUGCGAAUUUAAGUAACUUGAAUGGUCUUGUAUCUCGACCUAAAAAGGAGACACUUCCCCACAAUCUCCAUAAGGUUGUUGAAGAGAUUGAACAGCUGAAGGAAACUUUAGGAGACCCGGAUUUGGUGGAGAAGAUGAAAGAGUUGGCGAAGAGGGAUGCUCAUGGGUCAGAGCUCCAGUUCAAGAUUGCUAUGGUGGUGGGUGUUGUUGUCAUAUUCCUGGCUUUGAUUAUCUGUUAUAUGAAGUAGAGGAGCUGUUUUAGUAUUGUCAGUUUGUAUGAUAUUAUUGUAUUCAAGUGUAGAGACGCUUAGUUUUGAAAACAUUGAAAGGGAUUUCUAAGUUAGAUUAUGGUUUGUAAUGACUUUGUUUGUAAUGAACUGAUGGUUUGUAGUGACUUUAUUUGUAUUGAACUUAUGGUUUUUUAUUGAACUUAUAGUUUUUAAUGACUUCAUAAUGUUUAAU